GGGCCCAUCCUCAGCUCCUUCCCGCAGGAUUCCGUGGUGGGAUCGGCCGGAGCUCCCGUCCUUGCAGCCUCUGGGGCCUCCCUGGGCUACGGGGGCUACGGCUCCCUGGGCUACGGGGGCUACGGCUCCCUGGGCUACGGGGGUUACGGAUCCCUGGGCUACGGGGGUCUCUAUGGAUAUGGGGGUUAUGGAUAUGGGGGCUACGGGGGUCUCUAUGGGUAUGGGGGCUAUGGGGGCCUGUAUGGCUCGUGUGGGGGCUACCGUGGCCUGUAUGGCUCUGGCAGAGCCUUUGGCUCUGGCUAUUGCAGCCCCUACUCGUCCUGGUCCGGCCGCUACGGCCGCGGCUUCUGGGGGUCCUGCUGA